ACUGGCAAGUAACGUUUAGUUUGUCUGGGCGAUCGUGACAUUUUCUGUUCGGCGUAAAUAUUUUAAUUGUGACAUGUGCUGUAGUUCCGUUUCGAAUUAGCAAUCGCGUCUCGUUCUUUGGACUUCAUUUCACUGAAGACUCUAUCUAGAUGGUGUUGGUGAACUUCAAUGCCAAUGGACACUACCUUGAGUUGAGAGUUUGGUCAGAACUAGUACAACUACAGGAUAUACCCGUAUAUAGGAGCAGCGUGUGUCCAGAAAGUGGAAAGGAGAUAAUAUAUUAUUAUGUUUCAUUGUGAACUAAAACGAUGUCAACUGGGUAGUUAGCGGCUGCUGCUCCUAAACAGGUGAAGUAAAGUAAACCCAGGAGUCAGGACAGGCCUGUGAGUGAGACAGCCGUGUUCUCGAUUCAGGCAUGGACGCACAUGGCGCGCACGCCAGCGGUCGCGGCCGACUUCUGCCCUCCGUUCAUUCCCUUUACCGUCCGCGUCCUGCGCUACUAGCGAAAAUACUGGUGGCAAGCGUGGUGUCGACGCUGUGCCUGGUGGCCAUCUUCCACUCCGGCACGCCGACAUAUCGCGAUGCUUACACUGUCAACUUACAGAACAUGCAAAUUGCCUACUCAGCUGCACGAGCUACAGUUUCACCAAGCAUCAAUGAUGGCAUUGACAGCGUGAAGCAUGGAGACGAGGAUGCCAAUACGGAAAAUCAUUUGUUUGUGGACCAGCACGACCGUUCUAUCAAGCAGGCAAAGUCCGAUGAUCAACGCCAACAGCACGAAGCAGUACAGGAAAACAGGAAGAUGGUCAUGCCACAUGCUCUACUCAUUAGCUCCGCAGAACGUUCGGUGACGUCGUACAACGUGCGCAUAUGGCUACAGAGCUUUCGCAUUGUGGUCGUGGAGAAAGUCGUUGGCCGUCACAACCAUCUAGAUCUCGGGCCCUUAGUCAGGCAGCAGCAUGUGCUACGCACUGGCGCUGUAGUCAAUGCAGGUGAGUAUGCACUGGUGAUCAUUGACGAUAUCUCUCUGUAUACUGUCCUGGGACAUCAACCACGCUCUCAGAAAGGCAAAGUACCGUGGCAGAAGGAGCUCGAUAGCUAUUGCCUCGAGUAUGGCGUGGGGCAAAUCCUGUUCCCGGGCCAGCUGACCGCGGGAACAAAGAUCCUGCAGAACAUCGGCUGGUCGUUUGCCGCCCGCCCCGUGGCGGGGCUGACGCAUGCCACUAUUCCACCAGUCGCCGGCACGGCUGCUGAUGGCAGCGAUGGCAGUGAAUUCCUGUACGUCGCCAAGUCGGGCAGGGUCCUUCGCCUGCCGGAUCAUAACACCCUGACCCUGGUCUUCACGCCAUUCCACGAAACGUUUCGCACCGGCGUGGUGAUGUGGCGGGACGAGCAGGAGCAGGUGUCCCUGCCGGACGGCGCUCCGACUGCAUCGCUCGGACGUAACUACACAACGCUGCUAGUCGACCGGGGUCUGCAGGACGGUGUGAAGCGUAUAUUCUUCGGCCGAGGGCUCUUCUUCUGGAUGCACAAGAUCCUGUUUCUGGACGCAGUGCGCUAUCUCUCGGCAACAAACUGGGUAGAAAGUCAGCCGAGAGGAUUUGGAGACUUCGGCUUGAAGCGGUUCAUCACGAUUGACGUUGAUGAUGUAUUCAGUAGUCCAGAAGUGCAUCGCAUGACGGCAAGCGAUGUUGAUGCAUUGGUGGCGUUGCAGGGCAAACUGGCCAAGCACAUUCUCAACUUCCAGUUUCAGCUUGGCUUCGUUGGUGGCGUGUUCGAAUUGCCACAGGAGAAUUCCGAAGGCGAUACCCGUCUCAUCGCUGCAGCCAAGCAUUUCUUAUGGUUUGACCACACGUACCGCCACGAUGAGUCCAGAUGGUUCAAGACGGACGCAGAACUCGAACAGGAGAUGCAGAAAGCCAAAGCAUUUGCACAGGAUCGCAAUCUGAAUAUCGUGGAUGGAUAUGCAGUGUCGCCGCGCCACUCUGGAGUGUACCCAGUAGACCCUAGGCUGUUCCGUGUGUGGCGCAAGACGUGGAACAUAGGUGUCACCGUGACAGAGGAGUACCCUCAUCUCAAGCCAGCGAGCAAGCGUCGUGGCUUCAUAUACCAGGGGACCAAGGUGCUGCCAAGGCAGACGUGUGGGCUGUUCACGACGACCAACUACAUGAGCGGCUUUCCAGGUGGUGAGAAGAGGCUGACAACGUUUGUUGAAGGCGGCGAGUUGUUCUUGACCGUCCUACGCAAUCCAGUCUCCCUGUUCAUGACUCACGCCAACAACUACGCUAACGAUCGUCUGGCGCACACGGUCUUCACUCGCCUGGUGAACUUCAUCAGCAGCUGGACAAACCUGCAGCUGCAUUGGGAACCGCCGCUUCACCUGGCGAACAGAUACUUCUCCUUGUUCCCAGAGGAUGCAGGGCCAGUAUGGGAGAAUCCCUGCUCUGAUGUUCGACAUCUGUUUACCUGGAAUCACAAGCCGGCUACCUGCAGGGAGUUCCCCUCAGCUCUAUUGAUUGGGCCGAGCAGUUCUGCUCUGGCCAUGGACUCGCUGGUAUUGAUGUUGCAAUCUACUGGAGCUGGUCUCAAACAACAGCCGGCACAGAUUAUUUUCCACGGCUGUAGGCCAGGGUCAUCAGAACCUGGGGCCGCUUCUCAUGUCGUCGGCACACCCGGGAUGGCACGGUGUCACAGGAAGAUGUGGGACUCUUCGUUCUUCUCUUCAAACGAAUCCUACGGCGAGUCACUAGACCGGUAUCUUGGCAGACUCCAGGCUAACGGCCUGAACACGUCCGUUGCAGUCAACGCGACCGUCGCAGAUGCCAGCACGCGCUACUUCCAGUCGGCAAUGGCACCUCAGAGAGCGCAUGCACUGCUCCCUGCUGCGCAUGUCGUGAUUGUUCUCAUGCCACUGAUCGAUGAGGUGCUUCACUGUUAUCUGCACCGAACAAGAUAUUGGCCGGGGAUGGAGGCUGUUGAAGAUGACAGAGCCGAACGCAGGCACCUGGACCGCUGCUUGGCACAGAGUGACUACGCUACACACUUGCGUCGCUGGUUACAACACUACUCGGAGGAAAUGGUAGUGCUUGUUGAUGGAGACUAUGUAGUAUCAAACCCCCAUCGGUCCAUGAGCAGCGUGCGUAUGGCAGUGCUCAACUCUACGCGUGUGCCAGCGUCACCGUCAUCCAGCCAUACCUGGACACUGUCCAAGUCCAUGACACAGCUGUGCCUGAAGUCGACGGAAUUGCGGUCACUGAAACACGAGACUUUGGCGUCAGCACCGUGCUACAGCAUGCAACCUGACUUCAUGCAGUCCGCAGGCAAUCUAAGGUCUACAACGCCGGUUGACGUGAGUCCGGAUCCUGUGCGCCCGCUGUCAGCGGCUGUACUUCGCCAAGCCAAGCAGGAGCUGGAGCAGGACGUGGCGUUCCUUCAAAUCAUGAGAUCGCUGAAACAGCUGUAUGAGGGGCUGGUGCGGGUGCGUAAGGUUGGCCGAUUUGAGUGGCUCCAUUGACACAUGAGGAUGAGAGCGUAGUGACCUUAUCAGUGAGGGGUGCAUAGUUAUGGCGCUUCGUGCUAGAUUGGUGGAGAAACAGCUCUAAAACACCGGCUGUCUCCGGACAAAUAUAAUAUCGUCGUUGGAUUCUGGACAUUUGAGAAGCUGCACCCAUGCCUGGGGUGCUUCACACAAUUGUCUAGACUUACAUCGCGGUGUUGUCCAACUGUCAGCAGCACGGUUAUCUCCAGGGUACUUGCAGGAUGAUGACUGGCAGUGUCUCAUCCUGGAGCACGGUUAUCUCCAGGGUACUUGCAGGAUGAUGGCUGGUAUUGUCUCAUCCUGGAGCACGGUUGGCCACCAGAUUCCGACUGCCAGCUGAAUGCACUAGCUAUCCUGCAGGUUGGUCAAUUCUAGCACCUCUUCAGCACGUAAGUACCGUGACCUGCUGAUGCCAGGGUGGAUUGUAUCCCGGCCGACUGACUGCGAUGAACACACUCGGUAGCAUCACCGACUAGAUGUCAAGCACAGCAGCGAUGGCCAAUGUUGUAAUUGUACCGAUGUACACGCCUCUACAACUAUUUUGGUGAUGUGGUGCUUGUGCACGCUGACUUCAAUCGGGUCGGCACCAAAGUGACCAGUGGCCGCUGUUGGCCGCAAGUGCGACUUGAUUCGUGUGCUGGCCACCGAGUCUGAAACAUACAAACUUGUCACUGCUUAAAAAAAAAUAGCACUGGUGUGCUAGUGUCCAAGGUAGUACCAGUUGAUCAGUUGAUUGCAAAUGGAGCAGCAGAAUUGGUGCGUUGCCACCCCUGAUCAGGCUUGAUCCUACAGACACGUUCAUAUUCAUAUUCGUAUUCAUUCAUGCCAUUCAUAUUCUUGUAAAAUUAUGUUCUAUGUUGAAAACUACCGAAGUGAGCUUGAAGUUUUAUCUGGCAGAUUUUAUGCUAUGCGGGAUGAUAAUAUUUCGUUCCGGAAAUCCUUUUUACCACUGGAUACGAAUAUCCUCUACCUCUAUCAAUACCUCUAUCAUAUCACCUUUAUCUAUGAAGCCGUCAGUGCCGCGGGCGGUUGUGCCAAUGUCUAUGAUUCGUCAGUAUAUUCAUUGUAUUGGUCAGACUGACACUCUCUGUCUUGUUAA